UCCAUUAUUUAAUAACUGCAACAAAGGAUAAUAAGAAUAAACGGAGUAAUUAGAAUUUAUAUAAAAGCAAAUAAGUAAAAGAAAAUAAAUACUAAAAUAAAAAUACAAGUUUAAGAGCUUAAAGAAAUGUAAUGUCUUAGUAAUAAUAAAAAUAUAACAUUUUAGAGCGUCAUAUAGAAAUGUAUAUGGGAUUUGUUACCAGAAUACUUUUACUAAAAAAACCUGAGACCUCCAGAGAGGACUUCAUAGUAGGAAAGACUAAAUGUAUGAUGUUGAUUUGCCUCAUUGUCUCCAGCAGCUGCAGGAUUUCCUGUAAUGAGUCUUGUGAACGGGGCAUGUUGACAUUUUUCCAACAACAUCUCUCCCAUAAGGUUGAAUUUCAUGCUCAGCUUCAUGUUUUCCAUCACAUAAAUGCUUCCUAUCGGCUUACAGCUGUACCAUUUCACUUACUUAACUUUACUCAGUUACUUUCUGUGUGUUAGAUACAGUUCAGUCUGUCUCAUGGUGUCUGUUUCUGCAGCUGUCUAACACCAGCCACUGUCCACUGCUCUGUCUCUGUGUUGUUGCUGCUUUGCCAAAUCAUCAAGUUCUGAGGCGUAAUCCAUCGGACAGCCUUUAAUUACAUCUGCUGUGAAAAGUCCUGGUCAAUACUUUCCGACAGGCUGUGCCAAAUAAAGAAAUCAAUGAGCUGCUGGAUGUUGGAGGCAGUGGGACGAGAGGAGGAGGAGUCAGGUCGCUCCUGUGAUGACGGUCUGGGCAGAACUUUGAUUAUUAAAUCUGUGGAACAAGCUGAUGCUGAGAUUUCAUAUUUCAAAUCUGAAACUAUUUGACAUUUAGAUUUGGUUUUGUGGUUUACUUGUGAACUCUCAAGCUCCAGCCCUGUGACCUCUGAACUCCUAUGAUGACUGCUGUUGAGAUACCGGCUGGUUUGAAAGAGCUGCUGCAGGGAUACACAGUGGAGGUGCUUCGCCGCAGGCCGCCAGACUUGGUCGAGUUUGCCGUGCAGCAUUUUACACGAAUUCUGGAGGGCCACAGAAAUGAUCCGAAAGCCAAGAAACGCAGUGCCAAACCUGCACGGAAAGGAGUGACCUUUGAAACAAAGUCAGAUAAACCUAACAAGGACGAAGAAGAAGAAGAAGAAGAAGAAGAAGAGGAAGAGGAGGAGGAGGAGGAAGACACUGUCAAGUCCACCACCAGUAAAUACAACCGCAGGGUUUCAGUUUGUGCAGAGGCGUACAACCCCGAUGAUGACGAGGACGACGACGCAGAGCCUCGGGUCGUUUACCCCAAAACAGACGAGCAGCGUCGCAGACUUCAGGACGCCUGCAGACACAUUUUACUGUUUAAAACACUGGAGCAGGAGCAGUUUUCCGAGGUCUUGGACGGCAUGUUCGAGGUGUUGGUCAAAACUCAGGAACACAUCAUAGACCAAGGAGACGAUGGAGACAACUUCUACGUCAUAGAGAAGGGCGUGUAUGAUAUUUUUGUGGAGAAGGACGGAGUGAGUGUGUGUGUGGGAAAGUAUGACAACAAGGGUAGUUUUGGUGAGCUGGCUCUCAUGUACAACACGCCGCGAGCUGCCACAAUCGUUGCCACACAGGAAGGCGCCCUGUGGGGCCUGGAUCGAGCCACAUUUCACAGACUGAUUGUUAGAAAUAAUGCGAAGAAGAGGAGAAUGUACGAGGCCUUCAUUGAGUGUGUUCCUCUCCUGAAGUCUCUGGAGCCCUCUGAGAGAAUGAAGAUUGUAGAUGUUUUGGGGGCCCGAGUGUUCAAAGAUGGAGAGCGCUUAAUAACGCAGGGGGAGGAGGCUGAUUGUUUCUACAUUGUGGAAUCAGGAGAGGUGAAGAUAAUGAUAAAAAGCAAAACGAAGGCGGGGCAGCAGGAUAACACAGAGGUUGAGGUGGCUCGUUGCUCUAGAGGGCAGUACUUUGGAGAGCUGGCACUGGUCACCAACAAACCACGCGCUGCCUCAGUUUAUGCUGUGGGAGAAACCAAAUGUUUAGUAAUUGACAUCCAGGCCUUUGAGCGUCUGCUGGGACCCUGUAUGGACAUCAUGAAGAGGAACAUUUCCCAGUAUGAAGACCAGCUGGUGGCAUUGUUUGGCUCCAGUGUAGAUUUAAAACACUAGGACAUGUAAUUUUUAAAAUAGUGUAGCAUUUAAGUCAAAUAUAGUGACAAUGCAUGUAACACAUGAUUAUCUCCCCCCUUUGAAGUGAAUGUAACAUACAGCCUUUCUCUGUUUUAUAUUCCUUUUACAGCUCUGCAACAAGUUUCAGAUGUUUAGGUUGUGAAUAGAAAACAAUUAAGAUAAGUUAGUUAGUAAGGUUUGUGCUUGAAUAUACCUCACUGAUACAAGGUCCGUUUACAGCAGGUGAGCCGACAGUCCAGAGCUGACUGUGCAGUGGAUGCACAACUCAUCAUACUGUACCUUCACGUUAGCUGAAUAUAAGUCUAUAAAGCUUUUCACAGGCUUCUUUUAUACAGUUCCUGAUUUAUAAUUUAAUGUGUUGUUCCUUUUCUAUAAACUGUAGGUGUGACAUGGCUUACUGGGGCCAUGGUUAAAGUUAUUAGUAAUACCUGUGCUUUUCUUAUUAUCUCAAGUCUAAAUGAAUGUUUAUCUAAUCUAUCACUAUCAUUACAUUUUAAAAGAGCAUUUAUUAUAUAAAUAAUUCAUGUUAGUUGGCUGGUCAAUGACCUAAUAAUACAAAAUGAUUUGUAUUUGCACUCAAACUAUUAACAACCCCUUGUUUACUUAAACCUCUGUUGUAAAGUAUGAAAUGUAAGUGACUGAUUAUUAAAGUGAGUGAAA